UGGGCUUUUUCUUUCUUUCUUUCUUUCUUUCUCUCUCGCUCGCUGCCCUUCAGCGAGACGAGACAAUGGGCGUAGUUCCCCUCCUCUCCUCCCUCCCUCCCUCUCUCCCUUCUUCUCUCGUUUUUUUGGUUGGUUUGGUUGGUUGGUUGGUUGGGUUGGUUCCUCUCGAGAGAGCGAAAAAAACAAAAACUCACUCACUCGCUUAUGUUUUUGCUGCUUGCUUGCUGCUUGCUUGCUGCUUGCUUGCUGCUUGCUUGCUUGCUUCUCUGCUUUUUUGGGAGCGAUGGAGGGAGCGAGGGAGGGGGGAUACCGUACUGCUGUACUGCAUCAUACCAUGUCACGCACGCUUCACUGCACUGCACACACCACACUACACACGCAUUGCGGAUAUACUACCUAUUUCUACUACUACCUACUACUACUACCUAUUAUUGCAUUUGGACGGAUGAGGGGGGGCGUUUUAGUUUUCUUUUCUUUUUUUUCUUUUUUAAGCGGAUGGAUGGAUGGAUGGGUAGCUAGGCUGGCUGGGACAGGGACAAUUGCGCCGCCGUGGGCAGGCAGGCAUGUCUUCUCGCUUUCUCGUUCUCUUUCUCUUGCUUUCUCCCUCUUUCACUUUCGCUUUUUCUCGAUCGGUUUCUCGCGCUCGCUCGCUCGCUUGGUUGGCUCUGGCACUGGCAUGGGCAUGGGCAUGGGCAUGGGCAUGGGCUGUAUUGGAAAACACACACACACUCACUCACUCACUCACACACGCAAGCAAAAGAUAUGUUCGCGCUCUGCUCUGCUCUGCUUUGUGUGGUGUGGUGUGGUGUGGUGUGGUGUUAUAUUCGGGUUCGUUGCGUUCCAUAUCCUCUGUUUGUUCGACGUUUUCUUUUCCUUUUUCUUCUUCUUUUUUGAGUUCUGGUUUUGGUUUUUUGGUUUCGUUUAUCUAAAUGGGCUUGGAUGGGUUGGGGUGGGUUGGGUGCUAUGGAUUAAAAUUUUGGGUGGUGGUGGUGGAUAGCACUGCACGGCACGGUAUACAGACAUGGUCGGGGCGGUGAAGCGCAUGAGGUCAGGUCCUGCAAUACCUACUUACUAUAGCACUCCUAGUACGCCGGUGUGGUGCAGUAAGGUGCGGUAUAGUAACGUGGACGGCGCGGUAGACUAGGGCUGAGCGGGCAGGACAGGGCAAACAGACAGACAGAC